AAAGAUUCAAAAUACUCAAGGGCAUUUUCGUCAACUUAGGAUCUCGGACUUCGACGGCUACCCGCUGUGAAAGAUCUGAAGCUUGAGUUCUCGUGUUGCAGAGUACAAGAGAUUUUGGGCACAAAUUUCUCCUCUCUAUUUUCUAGGGUUAGGGUUCGUCCAAAAUAAAGGUCUCGUUUUUAAUUAAAAAAGAUUAGUGAAAAUUUGCUGCAAUUUUGUUUGCUAAUGCGCUGAGAAGGUUCGAUAACCGGAGGGGAUCGCAUCAUUUUCUAGGGUUUUAUCGAGUUUGUUACUGUUUAAGGUGACCGAUCCCGCCUUUUCUCUGUCGUUUUCUGCAAAAUAAAAAAUAUUAAGGGGUUGAGAGAUUACUGGUUGGGCAUAAUAAAGGAGGGAACUUUUCGAGUUCUGUAUUGGGAAUUGGAUGGGUUUUCUAUGAAAUUUGAAGGAUUUGGGUUGAAGGAGAAAGAGAAGGAUGGGUACUAGUUUGAAGAGGGGGAAGAGUGGUAAAGGAUUUGAAUCUGCAGAGAAAGUUGUUGUUGCCGUAAAAGCUGCUUCUAAAGAGAUUUCAAGGACUGCUCUUGUUUGGGCACUGACUCAUGUUGUUCAGCCUGGGGAUUGUAUUACGCUUUUGGUUGUGAUCCCAUCUCAGAGCUCUGGUAGGAAACUAUGGAGCUUUCCAAGAUUUGCUGGGGACUGUGCCAGCGGUCACCGGAGAUCUAAUCUUGGAACUACUAUGGACCAGAAAUCUGAUAUCACUGAUCUGUGUUCUCAGAUGAUGCUUCAACUUCACAAUGUCUAUGAUCCUAACAAGAUAAACAUCAAGGUGAAGAUUGUUUCUGGGUCACCUUGUGGUGCUGUUGCUGCUGAAUCUAAAAGAGCUCAUGCUAAUUGGGUUGUUUUGGACAAACAACUGAAAAUUGAAGAAAAACGAUGCAUGGAAGAGUUGCAAUGUAAUAUCGUCGUUAUGAAGCGCUCUGAACCGAAAGUUCUUCGGUUGAAUUUGGUAGGAUCACCUGAAGCAGAGACUGGAGUGAAUUGUCCAUUGCCUUCUGAGUUCGAGAGAUCUUUGGGUAAAAUGAAAGAUGAUGUCAAUGAUCCUCAUCGAAAUUCAAUCCGUGGUCCUGCUGUGACACCAACUAGCAGCCCUGAAGUAGAGACACCAUUUACUACCACUGAAGCCGGGACAUCAUCAGUCUCAAGUUCAGAUCCUGGUACUUCACCAUUUUUUGUUCCUGAAACAAAUGGGAAAAUUAAGAAAGAAGAGAAUAUAACCAUCAAAGAGAAAAGGAAUUCUGAUGCAGACAGCUCUGAUUCUGAUACUGAUAGUUUAAGUCCUUCAACUACAAUGGAAUAUCAGCCAUGGGUUGCUGAGAUUCUCUCUGCUGGUCGUACUUCUUCAAAAAGAAUGGAGGAGUCAUUGUCUAAUAGACUCAAUGAUAGUGCCCGUAUAUCCUCAGCAAAAGCAUUGAAGGAUAAAUUUUCCAAACUUGAUAGGGAAGCUGGAAUCUGCAGUAGAAAUUAUAGAUCAGAUUUGGAGUUCAGUGGCAAUGUUAGAGAUACAGUAUCAUUAUCUAGAAAUGCACCUCCUGGGCCGCCUCCUCUAUGUUCAAUAUGUCAGCAUAAAGCUCCGAUAUUUGGGAAACCACCUAAAUGGUUUAGUUACUCUGAGCUAGAACUUGCUACAGGGGGAUUUUCUAAAGCAAAUUUCUUGGCAGAAGGUGGAUUUGGUUCUGUUCACAGAGGAGUUCUGCCUGACGGCCAAGCAAUUGCUGUCAAACAACAUAAAUUAGCUAGCUCCCAGGGUGACCAUGAGUUCUGCUCAGAGGUUGAGGUUUUAAGUUGUGCUCAGCAUCGGAAUGUUGUGAUGCUGAUUGGGUUUUGUGUCGAAGAUAGGAGAAGGUUGCUGGUCUAUGAAUAUAUCUGCAAUGGGUCAUUAGAUACUCAUCUUUAUGGUCGUAAUAGGGAACCGUUAGAAUGGUCUGCCAGACAGAAGAUUGCCGUUGGAGCUGCUCGAGGGCUCAGAUACCUUCAUGAAGAGUGCAGAGUGGGUUGCAUAGUACAUCGUGAUAUGAGACCCAACAACAUUCUCAUUACUCACGACUUUGAACCCUUGGUUGGUGAUUUUGGAUUGGCACGAUGGCAGCCUGAUGGAGACCAGGGUGUGGAAACAAGAGUUAUCGGCACCUUUGGGUAUCUGGCUCCUGAAUAUGCUCAGAGUGGUCAAAUCACGGAGAAAGCGGAUGUUUAUUCCUUUGGGGUAGUGCUAGUAGAGCUUGUCACUGGACGCAAGGCUGUAGACAUUAACCGACCAAAGGGUCAACAAUGUCUAACUGAAUGGGCUCGCCCUCUACUUGAAGAACACGCGAUUGAUGAGCUUUUAGACCCUCGAUUAGGAAAUUGUUUCUCUGAACAGGAGGUUUGCUGCAUGUUGCAUGCUGCAUCUUUGUGCAUUAGACGAGAUCCCCAUUUAAGGCCCAGAAUGUCUCAGGUUCUUCGAAUAUUGGAGGGUGACAUGCUGAUGGAGUCUGGUUACAUAUCAACUCCUGGUUAUGAUCCUGGUAACAGGAGUGGGCAUUAUAAUGUUCCAGUCCUUCAUGAGAUUUCAGAGAGUUUUGAUAGUAAGAACUCAUAUGAAGCUUUAAGAGCAGCUUGGGAGAGGGGGAGAGAAACCAAAACAGGGUCUUUUCGGAGGUGAUUGAUGCAUGUUUGAUAUGCUUUUGCAUUCUUUUGUAUUUUCUUGUCUAAGAUCUUUUUGGGUAGUUUGUUUAGCUAUGGUUUCAUUUCGUCAAGAGCAUAUUGUAUAGUUGGAGUGCUGGUAUGUUUCGGAGAGGAGCGGGUUAACUACAGCUGCUCUUUUUAGAAGAAUUGAGGGUCAUGAUCUACUUGUCAUCAAAUUCUUGUAAUUGAACGCCACUUCAUCUUAAAGAAAUUUUCAACGUUUAAAGUUCCAUUU